ACUUCGCUAUUGAUAUUGACGGCCUUUACACUGGGUAGUCUCGACGAUUGUGUUGCCAGACACUUGCAAUCUUGGCCAUGGGGACACUCCAACCCCACCACCAACAGCUCCACCCUCCAAUCACAUGUCGUUGGUGAGUGAUUCCAUUUAACCUCUCUUCCCCAUUCUCCAUUUCUCAUUGAUACCAAUCAAACAAAAGUCACUCGGGAAACUUCACUCAAGUAAUAAAAGAUCGAACUCCCACAUUCCACAAAGCUGCUUUCUCGAAGACUUGUCUAUUUUUUGUUUCUUUUCCUUUUGUUGUCUCCCAUGCCAACAAAUUUUCCAUCUCGCUCUCUCUCUCUAGGGUUGUUUUCACCUCUGCCAUUAAUUUGCCCAUAAUUUCUUCACGAGCAUCGCCUCAUUUCCCCUGAAGUUCUUUCUAAUCACAUUCCUCAAACGGCCACAAAGUCCCAUCCUUGCAUUCUCACGAACAAACUAGAUCGCCCAUGGCUUAGGAGAGACAUCUGAGUUCGUGGAGUAGAGAAAAGAAGAAGUGUGUUCUCUCCAUUUGGUGGAAUUCGCCGAUGGGUGUCCACGGGUGGUGUUUCUGUGCCGGCGGUGGGAAGUCGGAGAAGAUGAAGGGGAGCAUCUUUGGCAGCAAAGGUCCGGCAAUGGCGAGUGUGUGCGGGGGAACGGGGUUCUUAAUUCACAGAGCUCUGCUGCUGACUACACACACCAAUCUUCCGUCGGUUUCUGCCGCCGAAGGCGUCGAGAUCCGGCUGCACUGCCAGACUGCGGCUAAGUUGAUGCCUCACAGAUUUUUCAUUACCAGUUCUGUUCUUGAUUUGACUGUGGUUGGCUUCGACAUUAUGGAGUCUGAUAACGUCAGCCAGGCCCAGCAACCUCACCCCUUGAAGGCGUGCUCCAAUCCAUGCCUUGACUUAGGCAACGUGGUCUACCUCUUAGGUCAUACAGGUCAAAAGGAGUUAACAGUCGGUGAUGGAAAAGUGGUGAUUGCAACUGAUAAUCUCAUAAAGGUAUCUACUGAUGGAGUGACGUGGAGUCCAGGAUCUGCAGGUUUUGAUCUCCAGGGAAAUUUAGCCUUUAUGGUCUGUGAUCCUAUGAAGCUUGCUUCAUCCCCCACCACUAAAUCCUCAUCAACCACUUCAUCAUCCACAUCUUCAAAGAAGGAUCAUCCAACACAAUUUGGCAUUCCUAUCCCUAUUAUAUGCCAGUGGUUGAAACAGCACUGGGAGGGAAGUUUGGAUGAGUUAAGCAAACCCAAAAUACCACUCAUGCGCUUGAUGUCCACAGGGCAGAAAAGUGAGCCUUCAAGUGCUUCCUUUACCCUCCGCAGAGUGUUUAAAUCAACGGAAGAGGAAGAUAAUGAUACUCUCUCUUCUCAAAUCUGCUCUAGGCCUGUAAAUGAACAUGGAUUGAGUGGGUCUGCUGCUUCAUCUGCUUUUAUAUGUCAAGAACCUCAUAUAAGUCAUGAGCAGGGAAUACCUACUCCAGAAAUUUACGAGUCUCCAAAAUUGACGGCAUGCCCUCUUAGGAAGAUGGAAAAUCCUCAGGUGCACCUAUUGGAUAUCAACUUCCCACCAAUGAAUUCCAAAGCUGUGAUGCCACCGUUGGCAGUCAAAGAGACCACAGUGCCAGCAAACAGUUCUGGAGUAUCGGGCAAAAGCCAACAUGAUAACGAUGCACAGGAACUUGUAUCGGAUAAUGGGUCAGCAGUAGCUGAAAACCCGCUGGCAGAGGCUAUUUUGGAUGUAUCGGAUGUAGAAGCAGGGGCUUCCAAUGUAGAGUUUGCUGAUGACACUCACAGUGAAGUUCAAUCCAGUUCUCCUGUAGAGGUUUCGGCGCAUCAGAAUAUAGACAGCAGAUACCCAGUUGAAUAUAGCAGUGAUAAUGAGACAAUGUAUUCGGCUGAGACGAGGGAAAGCAGAAACUACAGCAGCCCAAGAGAGCAGAGGCUUCCACAUGUUGGGAGGAGCCAGAGCUGUGUGAGCUAUAGCCGGUGGGGCAACACUCGCAGAAAUUCUAUACCUGGACAGAAGCCAAUGCUAGAGAAACAGCGGAGCCUGUUUACAGGGAGAAAAAUGGGUUCACAGACUGCUACUUACAGGACUCAUGAUUACUUUAGCCCAACAGUUUCUUCAAUCAUGAAAAAGCGUAACAGUACUGAGCAGCAAGCAGUCAAACCCAGGCUGAGUGCCGUGCAGCUAUCUCCAAGGUGGAUGUUUUGAACAAUGAUUUCCUGGGGCACCACAUUCAAAGUCAAGCAUAGUGUGCUUGCUGUAUAUCCUGAGAAUGUCUUAAUUAUUUAUGCUUAUGCCUAUUUAUUUACCCUCUGUUAGUUAAUCACCAUUUUUGUAAUUGCAUAUGUAGCACGUUCACUUCUUAAAGAAUAAUUUGUUUGAACAGUGCACAUAUGUUAAUGAAAUGAGAUGAGCUUAUGGCAGUUGAAAUCAACAGCAUCUUUGCUCGUCUCUUAUACAAAAUCUGUAAUUUUUUAAAAUGCUUCCUAAGGAUUAUGAUUGCUGCAUUAUAAAUUUGGAGCACAGUUCUGCUGUAUCUAGUUCAGACGUUGUGCCCAUUCUAAUAUGAUAUAAUGUGAAUGAUAUGGUAUUUGAACAUGGGGUUUGCUGGCAGACCCACAUUACGGUUUUA